GUCUUCUCUGUUGUGUCGGUGGAGACUCCUGUCCACAUUAAUUAUUUGUGUUUAAUUUGUUCGAUUGUAGAGUUGUGAAGUAAUUAUUAAUUGUGUUUGUGUUGUAUUUAUUUUGUGUCAACUGUCACUGACUAGUGACUGGUCACCGUGAAAUCGGACAGUUGCUCUAGUGCCGUAGCCUAGUACCGAGUGGACAGAAUAAUCGAAUGUAAAAUUAGUAAAACAAUAAUUGCUUUGCUAUUCUAGGUGGUAUUUAGCUGUACACUGUGCGUUAUCAAUUUGAAAUAUAAACGACGUUAAGUGGCACCAGUUCCUUAAAAUGGCCCUUUGGACAGCUGAUAAACAUUUACAUUAGUUUGUGAACGCUAGGUGUCUACCAGUGUUGGGGAAGAAAACUAAACCUGUGGUAGGACUUAGAAUAGUAGUGACUACAGGGGUGAAGCGGUAAUCUCACUCCGGUCCAGUUCCAUGCUCACGUACCGACUGGUCUCCACCCAUUUUCUGAAACAGCCGUAGUUGUCAAGAUGUGCCGUGACAGAGACAUGAACCCCCCGACCCCCUCCAGUGUCUCUGUCUGAGCCCCCCUCCCCCCUCCACCUCCGCCAAACUGUGGAACGUCGCCAAGGGCUGUAUUUGCGGCUGGGGAAGUGAAGACAGCUGCUGUGACAUCAUGCGCCGUCCGACCUUCUGUAACAACUCUGUCGCAGUCCAACCUCCCAGAUCUUCCGAUAAGGAGGAAGGUCGCCUCACGAAGGUAAAGCGAAUGUUUACAAGUUCCCUACGUAAACCUGUGGUCAACAGAGUGUUUGCUGUACCUCUAGAAGAGCUGCCUACAAACAAGGAUCACGUUCCCAAAGUGCUCAUCAAAAUGUCCAACUACAUUGAAUCUUAUGGUCUCCUAGUGGAAGGCUUGUUCCGGUUAUCAGGAGGCAACCCCGCACUGGUGGAGCAACUGAAGGCUUCAUUCAACCGUGUUGGAGACGUUGACUUAGAGACUUGCGCUGAUGUAGCGUCUGUCGCGUCGCUACUCAAGCUGUGGCUGCGCGACCUGCCUGAACCACUGGUGUCGCCUGCGACUACUGCAGAACUUGUCACUCUGGUUCACAAAUAUGGUGGCUCAGCAGAAUGGUGUGGCCAAGCCCGCGUAACCCUACAAGAGCUGCCUCCCCGCCAUGCAGCAACCCUGCGUCACACGCUACAGUUGUUGCACUUGUACAGUCUCCGCCAGCCAGCCAGUGCUGCCAACCUGCCAGCUGUGUUCUCACCUCUGCUGCUGUGUGCCGAGUUCCACGGUAUCAGCACACCAGAGACUACUCACGUCACUGCCUGUCUCAUACGAGACUACAACCACAUUUACUGCGACAAAGUGGGAGAGAGUGUUCCGAACGAGCUGAAACAACGGAAACGCAAGGAACGUCACAACAGCGAUGCAGCCAGUCUAGACCGCAAGUUCGUCAGGUCCAAUUCUGAGGAACGGCCAAGUGUGGAGGAGAAGCAGAGCUGCCAAUCCGACAGCAUACGCCGUGUCAGUAGUCACGAGGACUUUACUACAUCACGAAAACACACACAGAGUCACAACGUUUGCCAGCCACUGCACGAGCGCAACUGGCCAACAGUGACAUCAAACAGGCACGCCCACAAACAGCGGGCUGCGCCGGCCAACAACAACAAUAACAACAACGGCGACAACAACAAUGAGAACGGGCUCAGCCAGCUCAUAGAGUCCAGUCCAUCACCUGGGUACGCCAGUGACUUGUUUGAUGAGAAUGAACAUGAGCGGCGGCGCCAGAGUGAGAGGCAUGCGCCGUGCGUACCGCCUGCUCGUGUGACCCGGCGCCGGCGCAGCACCGGCAAACUUGUGCGUCAGUGGAGCAGUAGUGACGAUCCGGACAGCUCGUCUAAGGAAAAUGAAGAGGAAGGGGCUAUGGUGGUUCAGCCGACGAUGCCGUUAUCAGAAGACGAGUCUCGUAGUACUUCGUCUAGCAGUGAGCGAUCAUUCCUGCAACUGCAUGACGAGGUAAAGGAUCGUUGUCCGUCGCCGGAGGCUACUCCCCCCACUCCUCCACUAGACUUGUCAACGUUGCAUCAACAAGUUGACUCCACCGAGCCACUCACUAGUCUGUCCUUCCGCCACCACCAGGUAGAGGACCGCUUGGUGUCUCCACGUAGCUCCAUCGUGAUGACUCGACGAGUGUUCUCGGACGACACUCCUCAACACGCUUCUGACUCUCACCUCUCUCAAGUGUCCAAGCAAAUCCACAGCCUCAAACGUAAACUGAAGCGCUAUGAAGAAGGCUUUGAGAAGGAGUUUGGCUACAGACCGAGUCAUGCAGACAAGCUUGCCAACCCAGACACCAAAAAAAUGUGUUCCCUCCUCACCAAACUGCGGAAGGAAGUCAAGACAUUAAAAGAAGAAGGGACAUCAGUGCUCGAGAAGGCUUUACAACCUAGUUCAAGUAGCUCGGCAAACUCAAACUACGCCAAUAAAGAAGAAGCUAUUCAUGAUGUUGAAAAGAGACUGAUGGAGAAGCGAAUGACUGGUAAUCGGCCGGAGACUGUCGACGACAUGACACGGGAACAACUGGUAGAGGAGAAGCUGGCAGUACAGAGGGGACUGUUGUACCUGGAGAAUACCUUCGGACGACCCUCAACCCGGGAGGACCGAGACCUGGUGCGGCCGCUAUACGACAGAUACCGUUCUCUCAAGCGGCUACUGGCUAGGAACGCUCCUUCAAAACUGAAAGAGACCGUGACGGAGCUGGGGACCAUCUUGGAGCAUGAGACAAUGGACUUUACAAGCUCGUCUCCGCCUCCUCCCCCCUCCACACCCCCGGUCAUGGUACCCUCCAGCCCCCCUCGCUGCAGCACACCUGACUUGGAGAAUCUGCACGCCCUUCCGUUACAAGAACUGUUGAAGCAGCAGCAACAGACAAGAGAAGAAAAAAAACGACUGCGUCGAAGUUUGCGAGAGUUUGAGGAAGAAUGUCAGAAAACUGUUGGACGCAAACUAUCUCGAGAGGACAGACUUCCGAUGGAGCAAACGUAUGCAGAAUACAAACAUGCAAAAGCAAAACUGCGACUGCUAGAAGCCUUGGUGAUGAAACAGAAAUGAACUGAAACAGACACAACUGAAAAAGACAAAACUGAAUUCUUGUGUGUUUAUAAAUGUACAUGAGUUGCAAACUUGACGAGUACAUCAAACACAAGCGAAGAAGUGUAAGGAUGCGAAUGACAAAGAAUUAAGAGAUGUAAGUGUAACUUACAAAGAACUAUGAAGACACAAGUGUUGCUAAUAUAGAACUCUAAAGAUUCAAGUGUAGCUGACAUAGAAAUAUGAAGAUUCAAGUGUAACUGUACCGAUGAAGAACUAUGAAGAUUGAAGAGUUGCUGAGAAGUGCGGACAUGAUAUAAGUUGCAGCAAAAUAUUCUUGUGAUGAAUUUUAAAUGAAGAGAAGCAGCCUGCAACUACAGCCAGAAUAAACGAACGUAACACAGUACAGUCAUUACAUGAGGUGCGAAGGUCAUUUAUCCCCUGUUGUCUUUUAAAACGUUGAAGGUUUAAGAAUUUUAUGAAGUAGAAAGUGAUUUUUAGUGGCAUUUUUUAUGAUUAGACUAAGUUAGAUUGACAGCUCAUAUCAAAAUUAACGUUACAGUGCUUUACUAAAAACAUUUUGCCCGAGUGAAUUGCUCAUCAGUGAAAAACAUAAACUCAGGAAUUUGUGUUAAGGCCAACGAAGACAUUCAUUUUCAGCCUUAUUCCUGUGGAAAGUCAAAAGCUUUUAUUUACGCUCUCUGUGAAUAGUGAAUAAUUUAAUGUUUUGUAAAGUAAGAAAAAGAACUAUGUUCGGUUGUAGCGUCAAAAACUUUAGACAUGCUUUAAACUUUCAGUGAUGCAAUAAAUAUACCACUAGCUUUCUAUCUUGUUAUUCUUUUAUGUAUAUAAAUACUAAUAAGUUA